UGCCUUUUUAUACCUCCGCCGAGGUCUCUGUCUCGAGUUUUCCGGGGGGAUCAGCCCAGCCCUGUCUUCCUGCGCCUCAAUGGCGGCGAAUGACCCGGAAACGGCCGAAAGACAGGGUAGUGAAAUCCAAAACAAAUUGUGAGGAGCUCCAAAAGGAUCUCUAUAAACUGGAAGAAAUUGAAGCCCUGUCUGCAAUAUAUGGUGAUGAAUGGUGCACUGUUGAUAAAGAUGAGAAAAUAUUCUGCAUUAAGAUUAGCGAUUGUUUGGAACAACCCAAGUGGACUCUCUGUCUGCAGGUGAUCCUGCCUCCUGAAUAUCCAACUGCAGCACCACCUAUUUAUCAGCUUAAUGCUCCUUGGCUUCUAAGGCAGGAGUAUGCAGAACUAGCAAAUAAUCUGGAAGAAAUCUAUGCGCAGAAUCUUGGUGAAAGUAUCCUUUAUCUGUGGGUGGAGAAGAUACGGGAAAUUUUGAUAGAAAAAUCUCAGUCAUCUGAUCCAGGACCAGAUAUUAAAACAAUUACAGAAGAAACCGAUGUGGAGUAUGAAGAUGUAGAGUAUGAAGAUUUUUCAGGGGUUUAUCAAUCAUUCCAGGAAUGCCCAACUGUAACACUGAAUUUCGAUCUAUCUGAAAGCCAGGAAGAUGAAGAACUAUCUCCAGUUUAUCAUGGAAAUCCAAUUACAGACCGAAGAAGCACUUUUCAGGCACAUUUGGCUCCUGUUGUGAGCCCCAAACAGGUGAAAAAUGUUCUUGCAGAGUUGUACAAAAAUAAGAAAAUAGCCAGUGCUACUCACAACAUAUAUGCAUACAGAAUAUACUGUGAAGACAAACAGACUUUCUUACAAGAUUGCGAAGAUGAUGGAGAAACUGCUGCAGGUGGCCGCCUUCUCCACCUCAUGCAGAUCUUGAACGUUCGUGAUGUUUUGGUUGUAGUGUCCCGCUGGUAUGGAGGUAUCCUGCUAGGACCAGAUCGCUUUAAACAUAUCAACAAUUGUGCCAGAAAUAUUCUGGUUGAACAGAACUACACAAAUUCACCUGAAAAUCUAUUAAAGGAAAUGGGAAAGAACAAAAAAAUAAGGAAGAACAGGAGGAAAAUGGAACACUGAUUAAUUUGCAAAAUUGUAUAGCCAUGCUUUAUCUUGCACCUCUUUGUACACAAUUAAACAUGGCCAUUCAGUUGAUGAAAGGAAAUUUUGAAUUGGGAAUGUACCUCAAACGUCAAAGAAAUGGUUCAUGAUGUGGAAUAUUUCAUAUUAAGAAAUCUCAGCGGCAGACUUGGGUAACCUUUUCAGUUCGUUCAAAACCUCAGCUGUUCAAGCAUUGUGGUCUUAAACAAACGAGUUUCUCUACUAUUAUGUUAUUUUUAUUUAAGAAUAAUUAAACAAGGUGGGUCAUGCUCUCUGUCUUCUUUUCAUUCCUGAAGAAGGUUUCUGAUGAUAUAGGACUAACAUCCAUUGCAGUAUGCAAGAAUCUUGAGUGCCUUUAAAAAUCCACCUACGUAUCUGUUGUCAAGUUCUAAUCUGCACUGGAUUUGAGUUGCCGUUUUCUUGUAAGUAGUGUUUUGCGCUUUUGCCAAAAAUAAGUGAUACAGGCCUCAAGAAAUGCCUUUGGUAACAAUGGGAUGUUAACAUGCUUAACUCUGUGUGGUUUGUGUAUUUUAAUUGGGUCAAAUCAGUUUAUAUGAAACAACCAGAUAUGAUGGCAUCUCUGUCCUCUCCUGAAGCACAUUUAGAAUCACUGCUUCACUUUUCCAGUCCCAAGAUACUGGUAAUCACAGACAAGGUCUUGGAACAGUUUGAGAUAGUGGAGUCUCAAGUACCUGAGGACAGCUUUCAAAACUGUCAUUACUUUAGUUAUGCAAGGUUGUAUGUUACUGACCAGCUUUCAAACAAACAAAACAUCUUGAUACCAUAUAUGAUAGCAAAAUCUUCAUCCUGCAUAAUCAUAUGUUUCUCCCCACCCUCUUUAAGAAGUCAACCUCUUCUAACACAUUCUCCCUUUGGAAUGAUUCUUAAUUUGUGCAAAAUUUUAAAAAAGCUGAUCACAAAUGUGUGAAUUUUCCAAGGAUCUUAACUAUACAAAGUAGAAUAGGAGAAGCUGGAAGAUGGACACGGAGAAACACAAUUUCAUUGUGAAUUUUUCUGUUAAUCAAAAUUGCCAAAUACAGUUAGGCUGCUGAAAGGGUCAAAGACUUAAUCCUGUGUGGAUUUGUCCUCCAUAUGCUUGUUUGGAAAUAAAAAGUUAUUAUUAAUGUUGGGAACUUAUUUUUAUAAAUCCUCAUUUGAGCUGUUUGUUCAGUGCUAUGAUGAUUUAAAUGUAUUUCAAACUGAAAUAGAAGUGUGAGGCAGUUUUAAUGCCUUUGAGAGCUUUUUCUUCCCAAAGGAUAAAUGUGUUUCCUCUUGUGGGUUUUACAGUCUGACAGUGCUGUUGGACAGUACACAUGCCAAAAUGAUAAACUGUGUGCUGACAUAACUAUUUCAUGUGCACGUUUCUUUGUGGAUAGUAAAGUCUCUUACUCUGAAUGUA